AAUUAAGCCGCCAAAACCCUAGCCCACACGAAUGGUCGCCUCCCUCCGCGCACCACCAUGCUGCUCCGCCGCCUCUUCUACUCCUCUCGCCACCUCCGGCACGGCAUCCAAACCAUAACGCCGGCCACCACCGCCCCCUCCUCUUCCUCUCCCCUUCCAUUUCGCCGCCUCCCAGACCUCCUCCCCUCGCGCCUCCUCCCCCCGCGCCUCCUCUCCACCUCCGGCCGCGACGACGACGACGGCAACAAGCCGUGGACCUUCGCGCCGGACUCCUGCGAUCCGGACCCUUUCGCGCAUGAGGAAAUCGCCGCCGAUACUGGCGAGGCGCCGCCGAUAGGAUCCGCUGCCGCCUCCGAGGAGCCCUGGGCGAAGGCGGAUGGCGAGAAUGGGGACGUGUUCGGGGAGAUCUACAAGGAGGCGGCGUCGGCGCCCACCGCGCGCGGAGAGGCAGCUCCGGCUGGCGAUGACGAGCAGUGGACGCUGAGUGGGGAGGAGGAGAAGGAUGAUCCCUUUGCCGUGGCCGUGCUUGGGGAGGGGAUUGUAACCGAGGGUGGUGGGCUCGAUGAGCUCGAUACGGGGGAAGACCAUGAGGCUGAGCUGAAGCGGCAGCAGAACAGGGCGAGGGAGAAGGAACUGAUGGAGACGCUCAAAGGUCCGAAUCGUGCAUUUGGUGAUCUCAUUGCAGCCUCUGGGAUUACGGAGGAUAUGAUUGAUAGUUUGAUCCUCCUGAAGGAUGUCCGGGGCAUUCAGGGAUUGCCUCCCCUACGUGAAAUAGAAGAUAAAGCUAUCCAGAAAUUGAAUUCAACAUCAAGCAGAGCUGAAGUAGAGCGCCAAAAGCAAGAGGAAAUCGCUAAGGCACGUGUAAGACAAGUUGAUGAGAAAGGAAGGGCUUAUGGAACAGGGAAAAGGAAAUGCAGCAUUGCUCGUGUUUGGAUUCAGCCUGGUGAUGGCAAGUUCAUUGUCAAUGACAAGGACUUUGAUGCAUACUUCCCAAUCAUGGACCAUCGAGCUGAUCUUCUUCGUCCGUUUACUGUCACCAAGACUUUGGGCCUUUGGGAUGUAACCUGUACUGUGAAAGGUGGUGGUGUCUCAGGACAAGUUGGAGCUAUCCGCUUAGGGAUCAGCAGGGCCCUGCAGAAUUGGGAACCAGGACUGCGUCCAUAUCUGAAAGCGGCUGGAUAUUUAACAAGAGAUUCACGUGUGGUCGAAAGGAAAAAGCCUGGAAAGGCCAAAGCAAGAAAGAGCUUCCAAUGGGUCAAGCGGUAAUAGGGCAAUGUGCAGAAUUACCGUAUUUUUUUGUGGCGGGCCUCUGGUCUUUGUUGUGGGUUGUCCAGUCAACACAGCUCUGUACUUGCACUUGAUUGAUACUAAGAUACUCCAGCUUGUGUUGAAACGGGGAUCAUGAGACACUUAAGUAUUUAUUUUUCAAACAAUCAACACAGAAAUCGAUCCAGGAAAUAUCAUUUGACCUCAUCAAGAUGUAGAAGUUACUUUGCUAUGAGCUGUGUCAAUAAAACCUGACCGUGCCAUUGGAA